CAGAACGAGAUUGCCGGUGAGGACGGCCCGCCUUUCGCCGCCUAGUGCGCAUGCGCCGCCGCCGAGGGGAGAUCGGGAAGGAGCACUGAGGAGAAGGAAGAAGAAGCAGCAGCAGCAGCAGCAGCUGAAGAAGCAACAGCAGCGGAGGAAGAGGAGGAGGAGGAAGAACAGGAGAGGAGGAGGAGGAGGAGGGGGGAAGAAGAGCAGCCGCAGCAGCAGCCCGCGCUCGCCUCAGCAGCAGCAGCAGCAGGAGGGGGAGGAGGACGACGACGAGGCAGGCGAGGGGGCCCCGGUGGGAUGGUGGCCCCCGCCGGCCCCAGCACCGCGGAGGGAGGCGGCGGCAGCAGCAGCAGCAGCAGCAGCAGCCGGGAGGGCCCUCCUCCUCCUCUUCUUCUUCAUCACCACCACCACCACCAUCAUCAUCAUCACCCUCUCCCCCCUCCUCCCCCCCCUCCGCCUCCCCCCCAUCUGCGGCGCCCGCCACCAGGAGCAGGAAGCGGCGGCGGCGGCCGGUGGAGGCGGCGGGGGCUGCUGCUGCUCCUCCUCCCCCCGCUGGCGGCGGCGGCGGCGGCGCUGAGCUGAGGCGGGCCCAGAGCCGGGGCGGCGGCGGCGGCGGCGGAGCGCCCAUCAGCGGCCUCGGCCUCGGCCUCAGCAUGGUCCGGGAGACCAGGCACCUCUGGGUGGGCAACUUGCCGGAGAACGUCCGCGAGGAGAAGAUCAUCGAGCACUUCAAGCGAUAUGGACGUGUGGAAAGUGUCAAAAUUCUCCCCAAGCGGGGGUCGGAAGGUGGCGUGGCAGCCUUUGUGGAUUUUGUGGACAUCAAAAGUGCCCAGAAGGCACACAACUCUGUCAACAAAAUGGGAGAUAGAGACCUCCGGACGGAUUAUAAUGAACCGGGAACCAUCCCUACUGCCGCUCGGGGAUUGGAUGAUACAGUUUCCAUAGCAUCUCGUAGUAGAGAGGUUUCUGGGUUCAGAGGAGGUGGGGGUGGGCCCACGUAUGGCCCACCCCCAUCACUUCAUGCACGGGAAGGACGCUAUGAGCGGAGACUUGAUGGGGCUUCCGACACCAACAGGGAGCGGACUUAUGAGCAUAGUGCCUAUGGACACCAUGAACGGGGGACGGGCGGCUUUGAGCGGACGAGGCAUUACGAUCAGGAUUACUAUCGAGAGGCCCGGGAGCGGACUUUGCAGCACGGCCUCUAUUACAGCUCCCGGAGCCGCAGCCCGAGCCGCUUUGACGCCCACGACCCCCGCUACGAAGCCCGGGCCCGGGAGCCCUUUACGCUGCCCAGCGUGGUCCAUCGGGACCUCUACAGGGACGAGCUCACGCGGGAGGUCCGCGGCCGGCGGCCAGAGCGGAGCUACCAGCACAGCAGGAGCCGCUCCCCCCACUCGUCCCAGUCGCGGACCCAGUCGCCCCAGCGGCUGGCCAGCCAGGCCUCCAGGCCCACCCGGUCCCCGAGCGGCAGCGGGUCACGGAGCCGCUCGUCCAGCAGUGACUCCAUCAGCAGCAGCACCAGCACCAGCAGCGACAGCAGCGACUCCAGCAGCAGUUCCAGUGACGAGUCCCCAGCCCGCUCGGUUCAGUCCACGGCGGUCCCAGCGCCCACUUCUCAGCUGCUUCCAUCUCUCGAGAAAGAGGAGCCCCGCAAAAGCUUUGGCAUCAAGGUCCAGAAUCUUCCAGUGCGCUCCACAGACACCAGCCUGAAGGACGGCUUGUUCCACGAGUUCAAGAAGUACGGGAAGGUGACGUCGGUGCAGAUCCACGGGGCCUCGGAAGAGCGCUAUGGGCUGGUCUUCUUCCGGCAGCAGGAGGAUCAGGAGAAGGCCCUGAACGCCUCCAAAGGGAAGCUCUUCUUUGGCAUGCAGAUCGAAGUGACCGCUUGGAUCGGGCCAGAAACGGAGAGCGAGAAUGAGUUCCGCCCUUUGGACGAGCGGAUAGAUGAAUUCCACCCCAAAGCCACCAGGACUCUCUUCAUUGGCAAUCUGGAGAAAACCACCACGUAUCAUGACCUUCGCAACAUUUUCCAGCGCUUUGGAGGGAUCGUGGACAUUGACAUCAAGAAAGUGAACGGGGUCCCCCAGUAUGCCUUCCUCCAGUACUGUGAUAUUGCCAGUGUGUGUAAAGCAAUCAAGAAGAUGGACGGGGAAUAUCUCGGGAACAACCGGCUCAAGCUGGGCUUUGGGAAGAGCAUGCCGACCAACUGCGUGUGGCUGGACGGCCUCUCCACCAAUGUCACUGACCAGUAUCUGACGCGACAUUUCUGCCGCUAUGGGCCCGUGGUGAAGGUGGUGUUUGACCGCUUAAAAGGCAUGGCCCUCCUUCUCUACAAUGAGAUUGAAUAUGCGCAAGCAGCUGUAAAAGAGACCAAGGGGAGGAAAAUCGGUGGGAAUAAGAUUAAGGUGGAUUUUGCAAACCGUGAGAGCCAGCUGGCGUUCUAUCAUUCCAUGGAGAAGACUGGCCAGGAUAUCCGAGACUUCUAUGAGAUGCUUGCUGAGAGGAGAGAUGAAAGAAGAGGCUCUUAUGACUACGCUGCUGACCGGACUUACUAUGAAGCUGUCAGAACACCCGGGACGUAUCCUGAAGACCCUCGAAGAGAAUAUCCAGCCCGUGGCAGGGAGUUUUAUGCAGACUGGGACCCUUAUCAAGGAGACUAUUAUGACCCACGAUACUAUGACGACCCACGGGAAUACAGAGACUACCGAGGAGACCCUUAUGAGCAAGACAUAAGGGAGUAUAGCUACAGACAGCGGGAGCGGGAGCGCUUUGAGUCGGAUCGUGACCGCGACCACGAAAGGAGGCCCAUUGAACGGAGCCAAAGCCCCACUCAUUCUCGGCGACCACAGAGCCCGGGAGUGUCUCCAUCACAGUCAGAGCGGCUGCAGAGCGACUCCGAGAGGAGGAUCUACAGUCGGUCGUCCGAGCGAAGUGGGAGCUGCAGUUCACUUUCUCCACCACGCUACGAUAAGCUGGACAAAGCCCGCCUGGAACGCUACACGAAAAACGACAAACCAGAAAAAGAGCGUGCUUUCGAGCAAGAGAGACUUGACAAAGACAAGCGCCUGGUGAGGAAAGAGAAAUCAGACAAACUUGAGAAAGAUAAAAUGGAGAAGCAAAAACGGAAAGCAAAGAUCCACUCCCCCAGCUCACAGUCUUCUGAGACGGAUCAAGAGAACGAGAGGGAGCCCAGUCCAGAGAAGCUGAAAGGCGGCAGCGGCAGCAAGCCCAGCCGGGAGAGAGCCGACAAAGAAGGGACUGCUAAGAACCGCCUCGACCUGAUGCCCUGUGUGGUGUUGACGCGGGUGAAGGAGAAGGAAGGGAAAGUGAUCGAGCAGCCUGUUCUGGAGAAGCUGCGGCUGAAACAGGAGAACGAGGCCAUCAAGUCUCCCUUGCUGGAGCAGAAGAUCCAGGUGUCCCAGGUGGAGCAAGCCAAGUUGGAACCCUUGAAACUGGAGCCUGUCCGGACGAAGGUGCCCAAGGAGAAGGUCCUCGCCAGCCACGUGGAAGUGGUCGAUAAAGAGGGGAAGCUGAAGCCCAAGAAACACCUGAAGGUGGACCCGUCCAGUGAAGUGGCGAACCCAGUCGAUCUCGAAAAGCUGGAGGCUCGCAAGAGGCGCUUUGCCGAUGCCAACCUGAAGCCUGACAAGCAGAAAAUGGACACCAAAAGGAGUAGCCAGGAGGAUGAAGACUCACGGGUCGUCUUGAAAAAGCAGCUUGAUGGGACAGCCGAACCUGAAAGGAAGCCUAUGAGAAAGGAGAUGCUUAAAAGGGAAUCCAAGAAAAUCAAGCCAGAAAGAUUUCCUACUGUUACAAGUCCCAAAGAUGCUCAGGAGCCUGCCAGUGUGUCUGGGGGGCUAGUCUUACGGCCCAGUUUGGAGCUGCAGGCGCGGCUGGGGGAGCCAGCUGAUGAGCCAGGGGGUGAAACCCCCGAGAUCCCCUCGAGGAAGGUCAGCUUAAAACUGCAACACAAACACACACAGCCGCUAGAUGAUCACAGUGCAGAGAGAGAGGACCCACGCAAGAACUAUAGCAGUCUUCCUGAAGAGAUGCCGGACCACAAGCCCGGGCAAGAGAAGUCCCAGUCAUCGGAUAUGGAGGAGAAAAUUCCCAUUGACAUCGAUCACACGCAGAGUUACCGGAAACAAAUGGAGCAAAGCCGCCGGCUAAAGCAGCAGCAAAUGGAGAUGGAAAUCGCCAAGUCGGAGAAGUUUGGCAGUCCAAAGAAAGACCUGGACGAGUACGAAAGGCGCAGCCUUGUGCACGAAGUCGGGAAGCCCCCACAAGACGUGACAGAUGACUCUCCUCCAAGUAAACGGAAGAAGUCCGACACUUUUGAUUUUGAGAUUAGCACCAAGCGGGAGAGAAACUACAGAAGCUCUCGCCAGGUGAGUGAAGAUUCUGAGCGAACCGUCAGCUCCCCCAGCCUCAGACCCUUCCCGUUCCAUGAGGAGGAAGAACUGCUGGAGUCCCCAAGGCUGAUGCCUUUGAAAGAAGCCAAAGAAUCGCCUCAAACAGAGGACAAGGGGCCUGCCUAUUCGAACAUGGCCGCCAUAAGGGAGGAUUCUCUGAAGUUCAAUCCCUACGAUUCCAGCCGAAGAGAGCAGAUGGCAGAAAUGGCCAAAAUGAAACUGUCCUCACUGAGUGCCGAGGAGGAGUCGAGCCGGUGGGACUCGCAAGUGAAGGCAGAGCCGGGCCGAGUGGAGAUCAGCUUCCCCAGCAGCAUCGUCAAGAGAGAUAGUUUACGGAAGCGGUCGACCCGGGACCUGGAACCAGGAGAGGUGCCUUCCGACUCAGACGACGAUGGCGACCAUAAGCCCCACUCUCCUAAAGCCGCCUCCUUGCUGGAGAGCUCGAGGCUGUCUUUUUUAUUAAGAGACAGGGAGGAGAAGCUCCGGGAGCGGGAGGAGAGGCUGCCGAGCUCCUUGGAAAGGAACAAGUUCUACUCCUUUGCGCUGGACAAGACCAUCACGCCCGACACCAAAGCCCUGCUUGAAAGAGCCAAGUCGCUCUCAUCGUCCAGAGAGGAGAACUGGUCUUUCCUCGACUGGGACUCCAGGUUUGCGAGUUUCAGGAACAACAAGGACAAAGAGAAAGUGGACUCUGCGCCAAGGCCCAUCCCCUCCUGGUACAUGAAGAAGAAGAAGAUCCGGACGGACUCCGAGGGGAAGCUGGAUGAUAAGAAGGAAGACCACAAAGAGGAGGAGCAGGAGAGGCAGGAGCUCUUCGCCUCCCGCUUCUUGCACAGCUCCAUCUUCGAACAAGACUCGAAGCGCCUGCAGCAUUUAGAAAGGAGAGACGAGGACCUCGACUUCCUCCCUGGCAGGCUGUAUGGGCGGCAGGCCUCUCUGGAAGGCGCCAGCAGCCUGCCUGACUUCCUGCCCGAGCCGGUGGUGCUCUUCCAUAGCCGGUUCGUUGAGCUCACGCGAAUGCAGCAGAAGGAGAAGGAGAAAGACCAGAAACCCAAAGAGGCAGAAAAGCCCCAGGAGGACAAGGCCAGUCGGCCCAAGACGCCAGAAACGGCCCCCGAGAACAGAGAGCUGGAGCAGAAACCUUUGCCAUCAGUUGGUCCCGCAGCACAAGAGCCAGUGCUUGCCACGCCGGAGAAAGUGGCCGAUGAGAAGUUGCCAGCCGAGAUGCCCACUGGGAGAGAAGAGAAGCUGCCGGAACCUGGCCAUGGAGCUGAAGAGCCGAAGCCGCUUCCAGAGCUUGCUCUGGUUAAAACGGAGCCACCAGAGCAUCCUGAAGCACCACCAGUGACGGAAGGGAACAAAGACGGUGCUCUUCCCACUGCAACUCCCGCGGAGGACACUGUGCCUGGGGAGCACCCUUCAUACCUGGACACCAAGCCACCCACCCCUGGCUCUUCUUUUUCCCAGGCAGAUAUUGGCACAGAUCCGGAACCUGAAGUAGCCUCGCCUCCUCUCAAACUGGCAGCCAAGUCCGAGGAAAUGCCUGAGCCCCAAGAAGAGAGUGUGCCACCGGCCACUGGCCCAGAACCCGCGGCAAGUCAGAAAGCGGAAGCUGCCGCCGAAGCUCUGCCUCUAGUUUCUGAUACGGAGAUGGAAGCCGAGCCCCCCGUGGUAAUCAAAGACAAAAAGUCAUACAAGAGCAAACGGGCCAAACCAGCCCCUGUCCAGCCUGCUGUGGCCAGUGUGGCUGAGAAGCCUGUCACGAGGAAGAGCGAAAGGAUUGAUCGUGAAAAACUGAAGAGGUCAGGCUCUCCCCGCGGGGAGGUGCUGAAGCUUCUGGAAUUGAAAGUGGAGGCGGAGAAAGUUUCGAGAAAUGCCGCCAAGUCUCCCAGUGCUGCAGCAGAGCCUGAAAUUCCAGAGCCGAGCUUGCCCGUAGGCCGAACGAGGCGCAGAAACGUGCGCUCCGUUUAUGCGACCACUGGAGACCACGAAGGGCCCUCUCCUGUUAAAGAUUCCGUAGAGGUCACCAGGGCCACGCGGAAGAGAGCCGAAAGGGAGCCAUCAGACGCUCCCCCCACUGCUCCCACGCCUCCCAGAAGGGGCAGGCCUCCAAAAUCACGCCGCAAGCCUGAGGAGGAAAUCUCUCCUACCAAGACAGAACCCAUGCUACAGGAGGCAGAAGAAGCAGAAGCCAAGGAAACGGUGGAAACCCCUAAACCUGUGGAGGGGUGGCGGUCGCCCCGAUCCCAGAAGCUCUCACACAGCCAUUCUCCAGCUGCUAGUGCUCCCCAGAGCAAGAAAGGGAAGAACGAGCCCAAGGCCGAGAGCUCGGCAGAAACGGAAGAGCCCCCCGACCUGCCUGGCCGAGGACCAAACGCCCUCGAAAACAAGCCAAAGGCAGACAAGGAAACCCUCGGGAGCGAACAGAAACGAGAUCAGAAAGAGUCCGACGUGGACCGGAAUGCACCUGAAGCCUGCCCGGUUGAGACGGCGGAAAGGAAGCCGGUCCUGGAGAAAGUUACCAAGUCCAAAAGGGGAAGAUCCAGAAGUAUCAAGGCUGUGGAUAAGGUCUCCUUGAUCAAGAGCCUGAAAAACGUUGAGAUCCGGCUCAAUGUGGAUGAAGUCAAAGGUGCUCUCCGGCCUAGUGAAGAGGACAUGGAGCCCCUGCCAGCCUCGCCUCCCAAAAACAAGAGCCCCCAGAAGGAAGACCAGGUGUCACCCCAUUUUGCAAAGCAAGAGGCAGGAGACCCCUUUCAGGAAGCGGAGAAGGCCGAGGCAACGCAGUCUCCGGGAGCGGAUCAGUUGGCCAAGCAGAUUGAACUGGAGCAGGCUGUGGAGAACAUCGCCAAGCUCACGGAGAGCCCAACCAUUGCGGCCUACAAGGAGCAAGCGGCAGACGUGGCAGAGGUUCGCCCGGAGGAAGAGGGGGACAAGCCUGCCCAUCAGGCCAAUGAAACGGAGCUGGCCGCAGCCAUUGGAUCCAUCAUGAACGAUAUUUCUGGAGAGGCAGAAAGCUUUCCCGCUGCCCCGACAUACCCGGCGGAUUCGGAGUCCGAAAUGCCCACAGAACCGCUGGCCCCACCGCCCCCGCCGCCCCCACCUGUGCGGGAGGAGAUGGAACCCGAAACAGACCAGGCGGUCAGCAAUAUCCUGGAAUCGGAAUCGGCUGCUGCCGAGGCACCCGUGCCGCCAGUUCCCGGGUCUGCAGAGGGCAAGGAGGCCGAAGUGAGCUUGAGCGAGUCCUCCAACUCGGCACAGGAAGCAGAAACCCCGCAGGAAGCAGACGCGUCUCGGAAGGAGCGAGGCCGCCAGAAGACGGCACGGCCGAGGCGGAAGCGCAGCACGAGCAAGAAGGGGGACGCCGUUGAGCCCGAAAGAGUCCCGAGCAAGGCUCCCGGUGCCAGCGAAGUGAAAGGGAAGCCCGGGGAAGCCACCAGCGACGCCAGCAGCCUGGGCAAGGACUCGCCCCCAGCCUCUGCCCAGCCGGGAGCUGCUGACACAAGCCGGACUCCAGCCCUGGAGGCCACCUCCCAUGAGCCUGUUGCAGAGAGCAGCCCCCUGCCCAAAGCUCUUGGCCCCCGGGACCUGCCGUCUCCCUUGGUUCCUGUCGACGAGGUGAGCCAAGCCGGCUGCAAGCGGCGGCCCUCAAGCGACAACGCGCCGGCCACUCCGCCGGCUCCUGCAGCCCAGCUGCCCGUGCCCGUCGCUGCCGGCCUCGUGCCUCUCCACUCCAGCGCAGCCAAGGUGACCGAGUGGAUGGUGAAGCACGAGGAGGCCCGGGCCCGCUCCACCCCGCCUCCGGCUCUGCCCCCGGACACGAAAGCAUCCGAUGUGGACAUCAGCUCCAGCACUUUGCGGAAGAUACUGAUGGAGCCCAAGUACGUGUCUGCCACCAGCAUGGCCCCGACGCACGUCACCCCAGCGAUCGUGGAGCCUGUGAGCACCGUCCGCGUGGAGGAGGCCCCGCCGCACGCCCCGGCAGAGGCCCUGUGGCCAGGCUCCGACGAGAAGCCCGCCGUUCCCAUCACGAAUGCUUUGGACCCUCCGGUCGCAGAGGCCCCGGUCUUCCCCGAGAAAGAGAAGAUGGUCGCUGUCAUCGCACCCAAAGCCACCUCUGUGAUCAGCAGAAUGCCCCACAGCAUUGAUCUGGAGGAGACCCCCAGGAUCACCCUGGUGAAGCAAGCCCCCCCUCCCCAGACGUGCCUGGUGAAUGCGCUUUCGCCCAAAUACAAGCAGCAGAGGCCAGGCACCAACGACAACAGCCGGUUCCAUCCGGGAUCCAUGUCUGUGAUUGAAGACAGCCCAGCAGAGACUGGCUCCAGCCCAGGCCUCCGCGUCAACACUUCGAUCGGGGUCGUCCGGCUGAGCUACUCGGGACAGAAGACGGAAGGCCAGCAGCGGAUCGUUGCCAAGAUUAGCCAGAUCCCCCCCGCCAGCGCCGUGGACAUUGAAUUCCAGCAGUCUGUGUCCAAGUCGCAGAUAAAGCCAGAACCCCUGGGCCCCUCUCAGCCAGCCCCCAAGGCCACCCAGCCCCCUGCAGGCUAUGGGGGGGUGUCUGCCCCUCCGUCGCUGGUGCUGGGCCCCCAGCAGUACAGCCCCUCCAUUAAGCAAGAGCGCAGCAGCCUGGAGAAGCCCGACCUGGCCCACCUCGCCGCCCAGGCGCCCGCGGCUCCCUCCGGGCCGGUGAAAGUCCUCGCUCAGGCCGCCAACACUCCCUCCAUCCUGGUCCCCAACCAGCUGGUGCUCUCUCAGAGCAUGGCUGCCACCAGCAAGAAGCUCCCCGAGCCGGCGGCCCUGAAAGCCGAGGGCAAGGCUCUGCAGCCGGCAAGCCUGAGCCCCGGGCUGGGUCCUCACCACCCUUCCUUGCCCGGCAAGAUGCACCCCGAAGCCAACCACGUGAGCGUGGGGCCCGGCGGCCCGGCCGAGCGGCCUGUUCCUCACCUGGGGGCCACCAAGCAGGAGCCGCUCUCUCCCCGGACCAGCGGGCACUCCCCGUCUCCCUUCCCCAGGGGGGCUUGCCACUCGGGGGGCCCCUCCUCCCCGGCCCUGGCGGGGAGCAGCUCCCUGCUGGGCAUCCAGGGCUCUCCUUGCCCGGGGAUCCCCGUGCCGCAGUACAUCUCCAGCAUGCACCCGGAGCAGUCGGUGAUCAUGCCGCCCCACAGCGUGAGCCAGACGGUCUCCCUGGGCCACCUCUCCCAAGGGGACGUGCGGAUGAAUACCCCUCCGCUGCCCGGCCUGCCCUACGCCAUCCGCCCAGAGGCGCUCCACUCCCCCCGGGCAGCCCCGCAGCCGCAGCGCUCGAGCACCCCCCAGCCGGCCCCCCUCCGCGAGAUGGUCCUGCCGCCCCAGCACGCCUCGGAAGAAGAGAUGCACUACCACCACCCCGUCUGCCGCGGCUCGGCCCCCGUGCAGUCGGACGUCCUGGUGAUGCAGCCCGACUACCGCAUGCAUGCGGCGGGCCUCCGGCUGGACCAGUACAGCGUCCCUCGGGAGGUGAGGAUGAUGAUGCACCCCCACAUGGCGGCCGUGGGGGGCGACCACCAUGCCGAGACGCGGCAGUCCCGCACCCCCGAAGGGGGCCGGUCGGCGAAGACCCCGCCCGCCCCCAAGACGCUCCAGGCGGGCAAGGAGCCGCCCAAGGCGGCGGAAGGCAGGCUGGCCCACUCGCCCCACAGCGAGCCCCGGCUGCUGAGCGGCCAGCUUCCGGGCCUGCCUCUGGCGCAGCCGGUCGUCGUCCCUCACGGGGUCCAGCUGAUGCACCCCUCCGGCAGCUCCUUCCACGACUACCGGACCGCCGUCUACAGCGACAUGAGGAGCUACCACCCUGCGGCCGCUGCCGCUCAGCUUGGCCACCCCCAGUUCUCAGGCGCCUCGCCCAUUGGGCUGCCCACCCGGAGCAUGACCCCCUCCCAGGGGCUUCCAGAAGGGGACCACUCGCACCCCAGCCAGCCAGCACAGCACAGCAAGACGCCCCAGCUCUCCCAGGAGCCCAAGGGGGGUGCGCAGGCGGCAGGCGGGCCCGAGCAGGCGCUGGCCCGGCACGCCCAGCAGCUGGAGCCCCACCUGCACCUUCCACGCAGCAGCAGCAGCAGCAGCAGCAGCAGCCAGGCGGAGGCAGGCCAGACCUCCUACCCGUCCCCCGUGGCCGUCUCUGCCAAGCAGGAGCUCCCCUCCCCGCAUCCGGCCCAGGUGCAGAAGCCGGCGCUCUUCCUCCCCUCUCCGGUGGGCCCUGCCGGGGUGCCUCCGGGGCUGCCGCAAGACCCUCCUCCUCCUCCUCACCCGGUGCCUCAGAGGCCGGUGGACAUGGUCCAGCUCCUGACGAAAUACCCCAUCGUGUGGCAAGGGCUCUUGGCGCUGAAGAACGACACGGCUGCCGUCCAGCUGCACUUUGUCUCGGGCAACAACGUCCUGGCCCACCGCUCCCUGCCCGCCCCGGAAGGAGGGCCCCCCCUGCGGAUUGCCCAGCGCAUGAGGCUGGAAGUCUCGCAGCUGGAGGGCGUGGCCCGCAGGAUGAUGGUGGAGAGCGAUUACUGCCUGCUGCUGGCCUUGCCUUGUGGGCGCGACCAGGAGGACGUGGUCAGCCAGACGGAGUCGCUCAAGGCGGCCUUCAUCAGCUACCUGCAGGCCAAGCAGGCCGCGGGCAUCAUCAACGUGCCGAAUCCCGGCUCCAACCAGCCCGCCUACGUCCUCCAGAUCUUCCCGCCCUGCGAGUUCUCGGAGAGCCACCUCUCGCGCCUGGCCCCAGACCUCCUGGCCAGCAUCUCCAACAUCUCGCCCCACCUCAUGAUUGUCAUUGCAUCGGUCUGAGCUGCUGCUCUUCCCUCCAAGGCCCGACCGCAAAAAAGAGAGAGAGACGGGGGGGGGGGGCACGGCGGAAGGAGCUGGGCCCUCUGCCCCCCACCCCGCUCUCUGGCCGGGGGGCGGCCCCACCGCCCUGUAUGUUUACAUUU